CCCGCAGUCAGCGCAGGGGGAAGGCCUCAAGUCGACCGUGGCUGGCCCGUUUCCUCCUCCCCUGCACCUCAUGCUGACGGUCCUGACCGCCGUGUACUACACCUGCCUACGGCACCUGCCCUUCGCCCACUCUCAACCACCGGCCUUCGAUGCCGGCGCCGGCCACCGUGGCGCUGCUGACGAUGGUGGAGGAGGGCGAGGAGGCGAUGAUGUCGUCGUCGAUGUCUCAUUGUCGGAAGAGGAGACGGACGCUCUCCCCGGGGCGGAGUCGAACCUGGUCUUCAGUCAGUACGCCUCGCAGGUGGUCGACUUCAGUUCGCAGUACGGCUCGGAGGGCAGCCUCUCCUACACCAUGGGGAACCUGGCGGGGCCGCCCAGCGUCUUCCCGGCGCACGGCGACGUGACGCAGGCGGCCGUGCCGCGCACCUACGGCCGCUGGUGGCAGCGGGGGGCGGCCCCGCCGGCGCGCGCCCCGCCGGCGUUCCGCGCCCGCGACUUUGUGGAGGUGGCGUUCGCUCGCGCCGUGCGCCCGAGCUCUGUCGGCGUGCUGGAGGUCUACAACCCCGGCACCGUUGUCCGCAUCCUCGCCAGGGAGAGCGGCGCCGGGGCCGACGGGAAGGGGCCGCGCUGGGCGACGCUGUGGUCGGGCCCCCCCAAGCUGCUGGGAGCGAACCGGUCGCGGGAGUUCUGCCCGCGGAUCCGCCGGCCGGGUUUUGCGACAGAGCUGCUGCGCCUGGAGCUGGACUGCUCGCUGUGCGACUACUACACCGAGCUGGACGCCGUGGUGCUGCGCGGCACCGCUGCCGCCACCACCACCACCGCCGCCACCGGCCCCCCGCACCGACCGGUGGGGCGCGCCGAGGAGCGCGCCGGCCGCGGGCGAGGAGGGAGCGACGGUGACGACGCCGAGGCCGAUGACGACGACGAUGCCGAUGACGAUGAUGAUGUUGAUGACGACGACGACGACUAUGACGACGAUGGCGAUGACGACGACGACGACGAUGAUGGUGGUGACGUCAACGGCGAUCAUGAGGAUGACGGUGAUGGUGGUGGUGGCGGCGAUGGUGGUGGUGGCGGCGAUGGUGGAUGCGGAGGAGAUGGGUGGAAGGUCAACGAGAAGAUGCCUCAGGCCACCAGGAGCUCGGAGGCUUGCAGCGGGAAUGGCUACUUUGACUUGCUGCCAUACGAGCUGAUCCAGCUGAUCCUGUCCCACGUGCCGCUGCGGGACCUGUGCCGCCUGUGCCGCACGUGCCGCCUGCUGCGGGCGCACGCCGAGGACCCGGCGCAGUACCAGCGCCUCGACCUGCGCCCCUACUGGCCCAGCGUGGGCGACGCGCAGCUGCAGGCGCUGGCGCCGCGCUGCACUCACACGCAGGCCCUGGGCCUCUCCUGGGCCGGGGGGCGCGGCCUCGUCACUGUCGGGGGGUUCGUGCGCUUCCUGGAGGGCUGUGGGCGGGGGCUGUUGCGGCUGGAGCUGUCGUGCUGCGAGUUUGUGACGGAGGAGAGCGUGGGCGCCAUCGCGCGCUGCUGCCCGGCGCUGCGGGCGCUCGACCUCUCGUGCUGCCGCGACACCGCCGCCGCCACCACCGCCGCUGGUGCCGCCGCCGGUGCCGGUGCCGCCGGUGCCGGCACGCCGCAGCCGGCGUCGACCUUCCGUCCCCUCGCCUCGCUGCAUGAACUGCGCCACCUCAACCUCUACCGCACCGGCGUGGACGAGGAGGUGCUGUCGGAGAUCAUCGGCGCCUGCCCACAGCUCCAGACCCUGAACAUCGGCAGCUGCGUCCAGGUGGAGAGCGGUGACGACGUGCUGGUCGCUCUGGCGCGCUCCUGCCCGCACCUGGAGGCGUUGGACGCGUGGAGGCUGCACGGAGUGACGCACGUUGGUCUCGUGGAACUCGUCGUGUCCUGCACUCACCUACAGGAGCUCGACCUGGGCUGGUGCUCGGGCCUGCAGAGCGGCACCGGCGUGUUCCAGCUGCUGGCGCGCAGCCUGCCGGCGCUGCGCCGCCUCUACCUCACCGCCAACCGCACGGUGGGCGACCACGACCUGGCGGCGCUGGCGCGGCACUGCCCUCGCCUCCAGCAGCUCGACAUCCUGGGCACGCGCAUGGUGAGCGCCAGCGCGCUCUGGGAGCUGCUGUGGAGCUGCCGCGACUUGCGCCUGCUGGACGUGUCGUUCUGCUCGCGCGUCGACGCUCGCCUCGUCGGGGAGCUCCGCGCACGCUACCCGAACGUGGCCAUCAAGCGCAGCGACUGCCAGCGCAACCUGCCCGCCCGCCGGCACCGUCUGCCCGCUCGCCGGCACCGUCUCGCCAAUCGCCGGCGCAAUCUGCCCGCCCACUAGUGCCGUCGACACGCCCGCGCUGCUGCUCGCCUGCCCGCUCGCUUGCGUCAUCGCCCGCUCGCUCGCCCCGUCGCUAACGCUGCCGCUCGCCCGCCUGCCGAGUCGCUAGCGCCGCCGCCCGCUCGCUCACCUGUUUGCUCGCCUAUUUGCUAGCGCUACCACUCGCUCGCCCGCUCGCUCGCUCACCCGUCCGCUCGCUCGCCCACCCGCUCGAUCGCCCACCCGCUCGCUCGCCCACCCGCUCGCUCGCCCACCCGCUCGCUCGCCCCUUCUCUAACGCCGCCGCUCGCCCGCCUGCCCAGUCGCUAGCGCCGCCGCCCGCUCGCUCGCCUGUUUGCUCGCCUGUUUGUGAGCGCUACCACUCGCUCGCCUGCCCGCUCGCUUGCACCAUUACUUGCUCGCUCGCCCCUUUGCUAGUUCUGCCACUCGCCCGCCCGCCCGCUCACCAGCGCCGUCGCCCGUUGGCUCGCUCGUUCGCUUGCGCCAUCACACGCUCGCCCGCAAGCGCCCUCACCCGCUAAGACCAUCACCCGCUUGCCCACUGGUUCGCUCGUGCCAUUACCUGCCUGUGAGCGCCGUCAGCUACCCGCCCACGCGUCCCACCCACCAACAAAUGUGCACAAGCAAGGCUGACGGACCAAGCAAGCAAUCAAAAACACUCGCCCGCUGACUGUGAUGAUGUGUGGAGGCUCCUGGACUCUGUGGCUUUGUGUGGCGUUGUUAUUUAAUUUCACGGUUGUGCGUUUAAAUCUUUCCGCGUUGCUCAUGCUGCUGCUACGUUGCGUCCGAUGCCUUACGUCAACGUUGACCCCCUUCCCCCCCAUCGGAAUCCGAUGAGCUAUGAAGCUCUUUUUCGCAAAUAUCCAGUCGGGGCACGGGGUAAGAACGUUACAACAACAAACGUAACACAAACACGAUAGUAGUGCAGAGUACCGUAAAGGUAAACAAAUCACACAACACACGAAUAAAUUUCGAUUUAAAGCUUUCGUGACUGCAGGGAUUCAUCUUCUUGGUUCUUUCGGUAAAGUCUCGUAGAAGGCAAAUAAUAAAAUAAUAAAAAUAAAACAUAAUAAAAUACAAUUCUCACGACGUUUCGGCCACAACGCAAGCAGCCGUCCUCAGGUGGAGAACAAGUCUGUCGGAAAGACGGCGUCUGAAUGAGCACCACCAGGCUUGGCAGCGUAUAUUUAAGCUGUGUUAGAGGAGGAAGGGCGCCUUGACAAAGGAAUUUGCAUAUCAGCAGAGCAAUUUAAUAUAUUUAUGGAAAAUGCUGCUAAUCCUACAUAAUGCACGGGCAUAAUAUGACUUUGAGACCCCCCCACCUCCUACGCAUUCCAGAAGUAGUGACUAAUCAAAUAUCUGAAUUUUCCAUAAAUAUGCUAAAUUCCUCACACGACACACAAAUAGUCUUUGGUUCUUUCGGUAAAGUCACGUAGAGAGGAAGUUAAUAGAUGACGAUGUUUCGAUCGCAACUCAAGCAAUCGUCAUCGGGUGAGACACACAGCAGAAGAACUGUUGACGCAGGAGAAAUAAACACAAACAACCAUCGCCAUCCUACCAGGGGGAGCCCACUGGAGGUGGUGACUUAUUCCAUUGGUAUUUCAUUUGCCAGUAAAAAAUAUGAUAAUUGGUUUUUUACCCUUUUAUCUGGCAACAAAACUGACACCUUUUUUUUACGAGGAGUCAUGUUUGCAUAGACCACAAUACCUGCAGUCAUAAUGCAAACAAAAACACAACUCUGAUAAUGUGUAAUAAAGGACUCUUUCUCAUA